UUUUUUUUCUUUGUAAAAGGAUCAAGAAUUUCAGCAAUAUGACGCCAAAGCCUGAAUACAAUAUCGUGCACUUUGCUAAUGAAAAAUGCCAGUGGGCGGAGUUGGUUUAACCGCAGACCCUGGGUUUAUAUACAUCGUACUUUAGGCCGACUCCUCCAAACCCAACUAGAUACCUCUGGCAAAAGGAACUAGGACUCUGUGAAAUAUCAAAAUGUGGCGUAUUGUUUGUGUAACUAUAUUGGCGUUGGUUUCAUUAUGGGCGAAUGUAAAUGCCCAGGAAUAUUUACCACCGAAAAUUGGCGGCGGCAACAAGAAGCCUGCAGCCCCGGAACCAAAGUUACCAGCUAACUACGACUUUUCUUAUGAUGUGCAAGACAAUGGCGUCAGUUUGGACUUUGGUCACAAUGAGAAGAGGAAAGACGACCACGCUACUGGCUCCUACCACGUGCUGCUGCCCGACGGUAGAAUGCAGUUGGUUGAGUACGAAGCUGGACCCGACGGUUAUAAACCACAGGUGAUGUACAUGGGUACAGCGACAUUCCCACCGGCGGGUACCUCGGACAAGUUUGACGGCUACCAUUACAACGCGGCUUCUAACCGGCAGAGCAUAAGACAAGCAGCGCCCCGCGGUGGUUCCCGCCAGGCGGCCGCGCCCGCACCCCUGUCCGCGCCUCCACCUCACGCGCCCUCUCCUAACGCAACACAAUGAACAACCCCACCAAU